UUUUUUUUCUUGUCCUCUGCAGAAACACAACAACGUCGAUAAGAAUUUGAUCGGGUGAAACUUGGUGUAGCUGUAAGCAGGUAUAGCGACGUCAGCAACAAGGAUUCGAACACAACAAAAGAAAAGGUCUCGUCGAGUUCAAACGAUUUAAACAACUUAAGAAUGCACGUGGAGGUCCAAGUUGCAUUAAAUUUUCUGAUAUCUUUUCUUUACAACAAAUUACCUAGGAGACGAGUGAACCAGUUUGGUGAAGAAUUGGAGAAAGCUUUAAGACGGAAAUUUCAGGGACACUGGUACCCUGACAAGCCCAUGAAGGGAUCUGCUUAUCGCUGCCUGAAGACAUCAUUUCCUUUAGACCCAAUUUUCGAAGAAGCUACCCUAGAGUGUGGGGUAGAUCUGCGUGAUAUACAGGAAAAUUUACCAAAAGAACUCAGCAUUUGGAUCGAUCCAGGAGAGGUGUCCUAUCGUCUAGGAGAAAAGGGUCCCGUUAAGGGACUUUACAGCCAAUAUGACAAUUCUGAAACGACUAACGAACGCGUAAUGUCACGCACUUUCAACCCUGAAGCUCAGUGCUUUAAGCCAAUAGAUAGUGUAGCGUCCCAACUGGAGGGACUUUCGUUGAGCUGUUCACCAACUACUCCAGUUACCCCUUAUAGAAGCACUCCUUCGCCUAAGUAUAAACCCAAUAGUCCUGUAAGCGGUUUUAUUUCCAAGACGACAACUCCUCUCACUUUUACAACGGCUACUUUCGCUCAGACCAAAUUUGGCUCAACUAAACUGAAAAGUAAUACUAAAAGAUCUCAUCGUCUGUCUCCAACAGAGUUUGGAAACUCAAUCAAGCAGAGAGUGAUGAUGCAGCAGGUUCAACAACUAGCACAACAACAACAACAUCUCGUCUCUUCUCAUCCUCAGUCAGCAGUUAUUGCAGCAGCCAUUUUAGCUACAGAAGGAAAUGCUAACAUCAAUGUCCCUCAGCGGCCAAGGUCUCUUUCACCAAAUCCUCAGCUUGAUGCAAGUUUUCUCCUCAUGGCCUCCCUACAACAGUCUCGAUUUUCGCCUAAUUCAACCCAGCUUUCUUCUCGUGCAUUUCCUCACUCCGGAUUGGUCGACAUUAACCUGAAUGGCUAUACAAAUGACUUGUUUGCAGCCUCCAACAUAAACGCAGCUGUAUCAACUGCUCCAGUAAGCUGUACCGCUAAGACAGAUUGCCAGUCAAUAUCUACUCCAACAAACAUGGCCGCCAUCAACAGCACGCUUUCUUCCUUCUUCGACAAAUCUUAUGUGAACACCGCUGGGGGUUUGAAUAUAAACUUACCUUCUGGAGAUUCUAAUACUACAACAUUCGGAGUGGAUACUGUUAAUCUCAACCUUAGUGGCAUGUCCUACGCCAACCAAUACCAGCAUUUGUUGGUGGCCAAUUAGAAUCGACAUUUCUUUUGAACCACUCAAUCCACGACACGCUUGCGUUUAGUAGGUUGUCGGUUGUCAAGAUAUACGACAUUUACGAAUCAUUUUCGAUUUCUGGCGUCCUUGGAGUCACGUGUCAUGUGAUACGAAACCGUUGAUAAAUCCUUAGUUUUAGGUUGUGAAACUUCUAAGUUUCUGACGUAAGGAGUACAAAAAUGCGAAAUCUGUCAUCGCAAAUGAAAUAUAUAAGAGCUUUUCAAAUCAAAGAACCAUAGUGAUAAACUGAAUAUUAUUUUUUGUUGUUGUUGCGUUUAUUUAAGUAAUAUAAAGCCUAAACGAUACAAAAUAUGAAAAGCUAACUUUUCUUUCGUGUAAAAUAUCAAAUAAUCUGUAUUACUAUGUUCGAGCAACAGCGUAAUUUGCUACUACCGGACAUUUUCUUCUGGUGCUAGGCCUUUUCGUAUAUAUAAGAUAACCUAGCACGCUCUUAAUCUUCCUCGGAAUUUGUUAAAUAGAAAAAAUAAAAGACAAAGAUACAUAUUUCUUCAAGUUUUGAGAAUCAAUAAUACGUAUUCAAAAUCCGUGUUAUUCCAAUUGAAAUGAAAUUGCAACAACGAGCGUGAAAGUGCAGGAUGAACAAAUAUUUAAGUAUACGUGAUAAAUUCACAAUUCCGCUUUCGUAGCUUUUACGAAAUAACUAGAAAACGAGAUUGUCCACGUGUAGAAAUGUCUGAGAGUAGGAUUGGACAGGGGGGGGGGGGGUAGGAGAGCUUUAAAAAACAAACGAGAAAAAACAAAAUGAUUCUAGAACGAAAUCAUUAGGUGAAAGCUAAGUUCGGUUUCUAUCAUCUUUUAGAUUAGGCUUAGCUGGACGAUGUUGUAUUUGUGAAAUAUUUCAACCAAAUUCCUUUCGUGUUCUUACUGAUGCACGUUCGAAGUUGGCGUUUAACAUAUUCUCAUCGAUUCGUUAAGUCAGUUUGGGGUAGGGGGGUUAUAUUUUCUUAUUGCCUAGUACGUUGAAUUCCUUACUAGCUACCCCCCUUAUGUGUACAGUUUAAACGUUAAGAGACUAUAUUUAAUUAUUCUUUCUAAACAACGUUUGUGUAUACUAAAGGUGUUUUAUCUUUUGUACUUGAAGAACCCGUAUGUAAUGUUUCCUUAAUUUUUUAUAACUAUGUCGAUUGCUAAUAAUUACCAGAACUAUUUGUUUUUAUUACAGUUAUCCUUAUAACUAUAAGUGUGUGUGUGUGUGUGUAUGGUUUGUAAAUUAAACAAAGUUCUAGGUUUUUUCUUAUCGGUAACAUUUUUUAACACUUGUGAAAUGUUGUAAUUAAUAGAUUGGAUAUCGUUUGUUGAAUAAAUUGUGUAAUUUUUUUUUCUUUUUCUUCAGGCACUUACUCGUAUUUUAUCGCGCUUGGCGACUCCUAAGACGUGUAUACAUAUUAAGAUUUCCGUUUUAAUGUCUUGUUACAUUUUUAAGUUUGUAAUAAACGUCUUUCGUAAUGUUG